AAAAAAAAUAAAAAAAACAAAAAUUUCUUCGUGCAAGUUGAAGUGGGAUAGGAAAGAAGGGUCUGGAAAGAAAAGGAAUCGCAAUUCCCAACCCAAACAAGCAACGCUUGAAGUGAAAAAAAGCUCUCAAUAAUCACUUCUCGCUGAUUUCGCGUUUUGGUUUGCUAAAUGAACAUGACAUUGGGACAAGCCUUGAGUGUAUCAUUAGAGGGGGAUAGAAGAUCUGUGAGGAAUGUCGAACAUUUCCAUGUUUGAGGUAUGGACUAUGAAAUACGAUAUUACUUUGCGUCCUUGCCACAAUAUACUUACAUAGCACCAUGACUUGUAUUUACUAUCUCCACUUCAAAUUCCGAUCUUAACGCAGAACAUACAGCCGGCCCUAAUUUGUUUCCAUAUAAAAUCGCAAAUAUGAUGGCAUUUUUCUCGAGUCACCUUUGGACCCUGCUCUCAUACACUUGUCAAUCUUCAUUCAAAUUAAAACAUGCAUUUUUCAUAGGCGUCACUUCUCAUUUAAAAUAAUAGUUCAGUGUAAGCACACUCAUAUUUUUACCCAGAUAAGUGUUUUUUUUCUGCACCAACCCAAAGGUUCCUCAUCUUAUUUUAGAUAACCUGUCAUUGAGUAUCAUAUAGGUUAAAGAUUUUUCAGCAUCAGAGUUUGUUUCUUUUUGUUCCGGUAACAUAUUCAUUAAAAUGAUUUUUCAUUCAUUGGCAUCCCUAUGGUGUGACAUCUUUGGCUUUGUUCCCUAGUGAGCAUUUCUAUGUACAUCAUUCUAUAACAAUGAAGUCAACCUUGAGCAGUUUGUUGACCUGGAGGAAUUGUGACAAAUAUGCUGAUCUAUUGCUAAUGCUCGGUGGUAGAUCUUGGAGAUAAUUGAAUAAUGUGUAUCUGUUAUUCAUCAUGCGAACCAUUCUGUAAUUUUAUUGAUGAUAUCACUAUCUAUUCUGGACUUUAUUUGACGUUUACAUUGCUGUACUGAUUAUCUUCUAGUCUGUAGCAUAACCUUAAAAGCAGGCUAUUGUGCAAUCUAAGUUCAAAAGUGCUACGGAUGCAGAAGGGGCGUGGUAGCUAUUAAAUAAGACACCAGAAAUAUUGCCCUUUAGAAACUUAUCGUGGAUUGGUGGCGGGGGUAGCUGAUGCUACUUUUUAUGUGAAUUGUACAGAAUACAAUUCUUAUUAAAUGUUUCAAGAUAACGUGUGGGAUGGAUUUGAUGAGAUUGAGAAUGAUGAUCUCAUAGUCCCCCAUUCUGGUAGCCCACACAAUAAUCAGUUUGUAAUAGAGGGUGAUGGCUGUAAGAAAUCACUUCAAGAAUUAUGUGGUAUAAGGAGUAGCGAUUGUGUUAGUAGCUAUGGUACUCUGGGUAAAGAGGAAUUAUACUUGCAAAAUAUGACCCAGAAUGAAAGAAUGCCAGAAAAGGAUUCAUGGUCUGACACACCUGAAGGUGUAUUUUCUUCAUGUGAUGGUGACUCGUACAGAGAAGAAAAAAGGCUAACUUCAGAUGAUACAGGCAUGUCUGACCAUUUUUUCAAGAGCAGCAAUAUAGAUUCUGGUGGCAGUGAGCUUUGUGCAGAGGAUACCAUCUCAGAAAACAAGUGUGUGGUGGAAGAUGAUAGUGCGUGCCAACAUCCAAAAAGCCAGACAUCUCAAGCUGAUAAUGAACUCAGCUUUCUUGAUAAUGAUGGGUGGCUGGAUAUAGGAAACUUAGAAGAUGUUGACAGGAUGUUAAAUUGUGAUUUGACUUUUGGAAUGGAGAGUCUCAAUAAUGAAGAGGAGUUCUGUUGGUUUUCUUCUUCACAUAGCGCUGAAGGUUCCGAUGAUGCAUUAAUGUCUGACUUAAAGCUUCAUUGUGCAGACAUGAGUUCAUUAAAAAACAUAUCAGAAUACAAUAUGGAUUCCUCCAAGGAACAUGUUGAUGUUCUUCCGAUCGGUGGUUCGAACAAAAAGUCAUCCCCUGAUGAUAAGAAGAUAAGAUCUCAAAUGGAUGUUGAUGUCAACAGUGUCGCUGCUUCAUUAUCAAUGUUCAGUGGAUCAGACACAAAAUCCGGUCAUAAAGAUGCCUUGGUGCCCGAAGAAAAGAAAAAGCUUCCGAAGUCAUCAGCAGGAAAGCGAAAAAUUGGCAAUUCUGUUCAUCCUUAUACUCCUCCUGAGCAAUAUGGAGAUGUAAAUCAGCAGUUUGGCGCCUCUUCUAGUGGAGUUACAUCUCUUGAUAGUAAUCAGAAGCACGACCAGAUCACAGAUUAUGAUUCUUUAGGCUGCAUGCCGACUCAAAUUCCUUUAACGCACCCAGGCUUUAGUCAUGCUCCAAAUCACACUUCCCUCUCUUCGUCUUUAUAUGGAUCAGGAGCUGAGCAUGAUGGACACCACCCUCCUUUUAUACAAUCGUCUUAUGCUUCAAACAGGGAGAGUUAUCAUGGUCAUCCUUCGGAGGCUUCUGCCUUGAAAACAAAUGAGAACAGAGAAAAGUAUCAUAGCCAUGAUGAACACCUCUUAAGUAGGAGUUUCAAAAAUGAAAGAAGGGCAAAUGAAAUGCUAUUUUACAGUCCAGGUUCUUCUCAGUUGGUAGCUCAUCAGUUUGAAAAUGAAAAUGAAGGUCAAAGUAAAGUUCGAGGGGUUAGUCUAGGAUUUUCAUCAGAAAUAGACUCAUCAACUGUACAGGAAAGUUCUGCUCUUGACCAAAACUCGUUUGAAGCAAAUAGCUUUUACCACCUGCAACAGGCGUUGGAUCAGUUGGAUAUUAAAACCAAACUGUGCAUAAGGGACAGUUUAUACCGCUUAGCUAAGAGCUCUGAGCAAAGACAUGAUAAUUCAAAUGCAAAUGAUAUCAUUGGAGAUGGUACUGAAGCAUUCAAAGACACAAUGGCUCAGGAUGCAAGCAGGUGUACAGGGUUCAUGGAUAUUGAAACCAACACAAAUCCUAUUGAUAGGUCUAUAGCACACUUAUUGUUUCACAGGCCCACCAAUCAAUCAACGAUGUAUCAAAAUGAUAUCGCACCUUUCAAAUCUAGUGCCGUGAUACAUGAAUCAGCUAUCAAUCCAGUAAAGGCUGAGAAUCAGGUCUUUCAGGAAGAUUUUUCUACCGAUGCAGAGAAAAAGCUUUUAGGGGGUAACACCUAGUGAAUGUAAAACCAGGUUUAGCGCAUCAUGUUGUUGUAGUUUAUAGUUUUCACGCCAUCGUAUAAGAUGAUGUAUAAUUAUUUCAGAUAUACUUAGAUCCCGUUUUUAAUUUGCGAUCCAUUUUUGCAUUUCACGCCACGACACGGAUGUACAUUUGUAAUUUGUAAUGUGAUACCGAUGCACGUUUUACAUUUGUGCUAAUCAUAAGGGGGCAAUAUAUGAUGUAUUGUAAUGUGUUUAAGUCUUCA